GGGAUUAGUCAGUCAGUGUGCAGGGCGCAGGGAGGAAGUGACACCGCUCUGCUCUGUCUGCUGCUCCCUGGAUGUGAGGGCUUUUCUCGGACUGUGGAUCUAGCAGGAGCCCGAGAUGGGACACUGGGGUGUGUGGAGCCCGGGACGGCGGGCGCUGGCGCUCCUUCUCCUCAUACAGGUUGCUCACUGUUCCAGAGUUUUGGAUGAGGUUUAUUUCCCAGAGAAUGAUGUUGAGACACGUUCCGGACCACAGCGAUGGGGUUAUGGAGACGUGGGAGAUGAUGAAGACUUUAUGGCAGAUGAAGCUUCUGGAGAUGACCCCGGCAGUAGUGAGAUUGGCAGCGGGCUCCCAACGGCAGAAGGCUUCACAACCGUACCCACCUCAACAAUCGCCUCGUUCGUCACAGGGCCUGCGGUAACCCCGUUAGCUCCACAGCUGGCAGGUAUGAGUGUCUCUGAACUGGACCAAGAACCCUUCCUAAUUUAUUACAGAGCUCUGGUGAACUUUACCACAUCUAUAGAGUACACUCUGGACCUGGACAACGUCUCUUCGGAUCAGUUCCGGGAUUUGUCGGAAGCCAUUGUGGACACGCUCGAGUCUGAAUAUUACAAAAUCCCUGGAGAGCAAAUGGUUAACGUUGUAUAUGUCAAGGUCAUUGAUAACUUUGUGUUUGUGGAAUUGGAUGUAGGAUCGGAAGGUAACACUAACGACGCUCAGAUCCGCCAGAUCUUGUACUCCGUUAUAGCCAGUGGCUCUAUUGCCAAUUAUGUCACCUCUGUCGAGGGCUUCCAGUUCCGGCGUCUCGGUGCUGCACAAACCCCUCCAUCUCCCAUUGGGAUGGAGACACCAGUUCCACCUUUAAUACGUUCCUGUUCUGCUGACGAGUUCACCUGCAAUAAUGGCGAAUGCGUCCCCUUGGAAUUUCGGUGUGAUCGGCGUCACGACUGUCGGGACAUGUCCGAUGAAGAGAGAUGUCCUGAACCCGAGACAUGUGGAGAUACGGAGUUUGCCUGCAGCAGUGGAGAGUGUAUUCCCAGAGAAUAUUAUUGUGAUGGCCGCCCGGAUUGCCUGGAUUCAUCUGAUGAGGGGUUGUGCGAUGUCCCACAACAAAUCGUCACCAGUCCUCCUUUCACCACAAGACCUGUGAUUACUAGAAGACCUAUUACCACCCCUCCUCCCCCCAUUUAUACAAGACCCCCUCUUGUUGUGACCACACCAUUGACGCGCCUUACUCCCAAGCCACCAUUAGAUGCCGUCCGCCCUUGUAAGAGAGAAGAGGCUCGAUGCCCGAAUGGACAGUGUAUCCCCAGGGACUAUCUUUGUGAUGGAGAACGGGACUGUAGGGACGGCAGCGAUGAGCUCAACUGCGGAACUCCCUCUCCCUGUGAACCCAAUGAAUUCAAGUGCAGGAAUGGUCGCUGCGCCUUGAAACUGUGGCGGUGUGAUGGCGAUAACGACUGUGGAGAUGGUUCUGAUGAAAUAAACUGCCCCACCAAAGGCCCAAGUGACAUGUGCGCCCCAGAUCAGUUUGUCUGUAUACAGUCCCGGACCUGUAUCCCGGCCAGUUACCAGUGUGACGAGGAAGCCGACUGCCCCGACCGCUCAGAUGAGAUUGGCUGCAGUCCUCCUCAAGUGAUUACACCUCCUGAGGAGAGCAUCAUGGCUUCCCGGGGAGAGACAAUACGCUUUACUUGUGUGGCAAUUGGAAUCCCGACGCCCAUUAUAACCUGGAGAUUGAACUGGGGCCACAUCCCCACUAGCAGCAGAGUGUCGAUGACCAGCGAGAACGGACAUGGCACACUCAUCAUUCGAGAUGUAAAGGAAGCGGAUCAAGGCGCUUACACGUGUGAAGCCAUUAAUGCUAAGGGAAUGGUGUUUGGAAUUCCUGAUGGUGUCCUCUCCUUAAAGUCUGAAGGUCCAUGCUCUGAAGGAUUCUUUCACGUGCACGGCAACUCCCGGUGCAUUCCCUGCUUUUGCUUUGGUGUUGCCAAGGUUUGCCAUCAAACCGGUCGUUACAGAAACCAGAUCAGACUGCGAUUUGAUGUUAUAGAUGACUUUAAAGGAGUGAACGUAUCCUCUCACCAGGGAUUUCCUCCGUUAUCCUCAAAUCAACUCCAGAUUGACACUAGUGUAGAAGAGUUCCAACUGGUCGACCUGUCUCGGAGGUUUCUGAGUCAGGAAUCCUUCUGGACGCUGCCAUCACAGUUUUUGGGGAAUAAGGUGGACUCGUAUGGAGGCUCCCUCCGUUAUAAAGUUCGUUAUGGCCUGACACGUGGCCUGUCAGAGCCUGUGAGGAAGCCUGAUGUAGUUAUAAUCGGAAAUGGGCAGAAACUUAUCUAUCGAGUCCAGUCAUCUACCCAGCCAACCACUGUGAACCAGCGGGAAGUCCAAUUCACAGAGGAACACUGGCAGCAUGAGUCUGGAGCAGCAGUCACCCGUGAGGACCUCUUGAUGACUCUUCAGAAUCUGGAAGCCAUAAUGAUUCAGACAGUUUAUGACAACAAAAUGGCCAGCGUGGGGCUGGCAGACAUUGUCAUGGACACAACCUCUGUGGAGUACACGCAGCUGGGGGUGGCCAUGGGCGUUGAGGAGUGCAGAUGCCCCACUGGCUAUUCCGGCCUCUCCUGUGAGACUUGCUCCCCACAGUUUGAACGCAUCCCCGGUGGACCUUUCCUGGGUACUUGCUCUGGAUGUAAUUGUAACGGCCAUGCCAGCUCCUGUGACUCUGAGAGCGGCUACUGCAUAAAUUGCCAACACAACACUGAGGGUCCACAGUGCAAUAAAUGUAAGUCAGGCUUUUUCGGAGACCCCACCAGAGGUACUGCAGAUGCCUGUCGGCCAUGUCCCUGCCCACUUAUGGACCCCCGUCGCAGGUAUUCGGACACCUGCUUUUUGGACACUGAUGGACAGCCCACCUGUGAUAACUGUCUGGAGGGUUAUUCCGGACGGCGGUGCGAAAGAUGUGCGUUGGGAUAUGAAGGAGAUCCUAUGAAGCCUGGAGGACAGUGUGGGAAGACUGCUGACAACACGGGGAUCUGUGAUGAGAGGGGCAGCGCCGUGUCAUCUCCUAAUGCUUGUGUGUGCAAGCCGCAUGUCUCAGGAAGGCUGUGCAAUGAAUGUAAAAGUGGAACUUUCUACCUCAAUGAGAAAAACCCAAAUGGCUGCUUGAAAUGUUUCUGCAUGGGAGUCACCCGGGAGUGUUCAAGCUCUUACUGGAACCGAGAUCAGGUCCGUUCCACCUAUGACAGUCACGAGAGAAUGCCGUUUUCCAUCUCCAAUGCAGCCAGUACCCGAACGUUCAGUGAGGGCAUAAGCAUCACGGGUCCUUCAGAGCUGACAUUUAGCGCUUUUAACAACGUCCCCCAAGAUGUAUAUUUCUGGGUGCUGCCAGAGCGAUUCAAGGGAGACAAGGUGACAUCUUACGGCGGAGAACUGCGUUACACCAUCACAUAUGAAGCCUCUUUGGGGGCCCAGACUCUGGACGCACAGACGUACGUCGUUUUGCAGGGCAACGGAAUCUUUCUGGAGCAUUAUGCAAACAUUCAGACAGCUCCCGGCUUCCCGAUUACAAUCACCGUUCCGUUCCGUGAGAGUUUAUGGCGGCGGACCGAUGGUCAGGAUGCCACCCGUGAACACCUGCUGAUGGCCCUUGCGGAUAUUGAUGUUCUGAUGAUCCGGGCAUCCUAUGCUGAGAGGAUGAUUGAAAGCAGAAUUUCUAACAUCCACAUGGACAUUGCGGUGCCUCACUCCACAGGACUGCAGCAAGCGGUAGAGGUGGAGCAGUGUGCUUGCCCAGUCGGCUACACGGGACCAUCCUGCCAGGACUGUGACAUUGGUUAUACCCGCUCCACCAGUGGUCUUUACCUGGGUACCUGUGAGCGCUGUCAAUGUGGUGGCCACUCCACAGAGUGUGAUGGAGAGACGGGAGAAUGCCUGAACUGCCAACACAAUACAGAGGGAGCCAAAUGUGAGCGUUGUAAGCCUGGCUUCUAUGGAGACCCGAGACGUGGAAGUCCAGGAGACUGCCAGCCUUGCCCAUGCCGAGGCACAUCCAGCCAAUAUUUUGGCACAUGCUUCCUGGACACGGACGGUCAGGCCACGUGUGACUCCUGUCCUGUUGGAUACAUUGGGCGUCAGUGUGAGAGAUGUGCACCUGGUUACAGAGGAGACCCAGUCCGAGGACAGCCCUGCACAUCGACUUCUGGUCCUGGCCCUAGUACAGGCUGUCAUUGUGAUCUGAGGGGCAGCACUAGUAACACCUGUGACUCCCGGCGCCAGUGUCCAUGUAAACCCCAUGUGGAGGGUCUUACAUGCAGUACCUGCCGCCCAAAUCACUUCUACCUCAGUGCAGACAAUCCAGAAGGCUGUUUGCCAUGCUUCUGUAUGGGAGUCACCCAGCAAUGUUCCAGCUCCAGCUACCAUCGUGAACUGGUCACUAGCCCGUUCCUGCCUGGAAACUUCCAGAACUUUGCCCUAGUCAACCGUCAACGCAGUGUCCGUAUCACCACUGGAUUCAUUGUGGAGAUGUCCACUCAUGGGCCGCAGCUCUCCUAUCGACAGUUUGACCAGCUGGGGCAGGAGUCCUUUUACUGGCAGCUUCCAGAGAGCUACCAGGGGGAUAAGGUGAUGUCUUAUGGUGGAACGCUCCGCUACACGCUGGCCUACACGUCUGGAAUCCGGGGAUCUCCGCUGCCCGAUGCUGAUGUUCAGAUCACGGGCAAUGACAUCACCUUGGUGGCCUACCAGACAGAACUGCGCCCGCGUGAGACCAAAACCUUUGAGAUUGCAUUUAGAGAGAGUCAAUGGAAGCGCCCAGAUGGGCAGCAGGCCACGCGGGAGCACCUGAUGAUGGCGCUGGCAGAUCUAAACGAGAUUCUCAUACGAGCAUCUUACUCCACUGACAUGAUAUCUGCUAGCAUUACUGGUGUGAGCAUGGAGACCGCUGGGCCCUCAUACACCAGCCUUCCUCAGGCCCUGGAGGUAGAGGAGUGCCGCUGCCCCCCUGGCUACAGAGGAUUGUCCUGCCAGGACUGUGCCCCCGGCUACACCCGCACUGGAGGAGGCCUAUACCUUGGACACUGCGAGCCCUGUGAUUGUAACGGGCACUCGGAGACUUGUCACCCAGAGACUGGUGUCUGUUCGAACUGUUUGCACAACACUGCCGGCGAGUUCUGCGACAAAUGUGCACCUGGCUUCUAUGGUGAUGCCACAGCGGGUACCCCAGAGGACUGCCAGCCUUGUGCAUGCCCAUUAAGUGACCCAGAGAACCAGUUUUCGAAGACCUGUGAGACAGAUGGUGCUGGUGGCUACAGAUGCACAGCCUGCCCCAUAGGGUACACAGGGCAGUACUGCGAGAGGUGUGCUCCAGGAUAUACUGGUAACCCCAGCGUCCGUGGACAGAAAUGUGUCCCAGAGGACAGACAAUUCAACUUCUUUGUCAGGAUUUAUCCUGAGAAGAAAACGGUUACUCCAGGUAGCGAGAUAAGUCUCAGGUGCCAAGGAAGUGGUGACCCUCCUUACUACUACUUCUGGUCACGAGAAGAUGGGCGACCGCUUCCUGGAAACACCCAGCUAAGGGAAAGAGGUGAGGUCCUGCACUUCCCUAGCCUGCAGCCAUCAGAUUCUGGAGUCUACAUCUGCACUUGCCGCAAUUACCAGUACACGAACACCAGUAGAGCAGAGAUCAUCAUCCAUGCCUCUCCCAUUAGGCCCAUUACAGUGACUGUGGAAGAGCAGAGGGUCCAGAGGGUCCGGCAAGGCGUAGACGUCACCUUCAUAUGCACAGCAAAGAGCACGUCCCCAGCUUACACCUUGGUGUGGACCCGUCAGAACAGUGGGAAUCUGCCCGAGAGAGCGAUGGACUUCAAUGGCAUCCUGACCAUCCGUAACGUGCAGCCCGAAGACGCUGGCAUUUACAUCUGCACUGGAUCCAAUAUGUUUGACAUGGACGAGGGCAAUGCAACGCUUUUUGUUCAAGAGGCCUCCCACACCCAGAUGUUCUAUGGACCCUUUGAAACCAUUGAAGGACACAGACCAUCUGGAGCAGGGACGCCCCCUGUGGCUGUGAUUGAGCCCAGGCAGCUGAGUGUCCAGCAGGGUCAGCCGGCAGAAUUUCGCUGCACAGCGACUGGAAACCCAACGCCGAUCGUGGAGUGGACGGGCGGCCAGAAUGGAGGCAUCUCAUCCAGAGCCAGUGUCCACGGAGGUGUCCUGCGCUUCUCAUCCGCCCAGAUCUCAGAUGCCGGGCAAUACACUUGCCGCGUGCACAACAGUUUUGGCCAACACAUCGCCAGGGCUGAUCUACGGGUUUACACAGGUGGAAAUUUGCCAGACGUCCAGGUGAGCCCAGAGCGGACAGAGGUCAGAGAAGGGGACACCGCCCGGCUGUACUGUAGAGCGCUAGGCAGCCCCACUCCAACAAUCUCCUGGAGGAAGCAAGAUGGUAUCCUACCCCCUCAGGCUCAUACAGAGAGGACAGACAUCGCCACCCUCCUGAUUCCAUCAAUAACUGUAGCAGACGCCGGAACGUAUUUGUGCGUUGGCACCAACUCUGCAGGCUCCUCUCAGCGUCAGAUAGAAGUGAUUGUGGUAAAAGCUUCUUCUGCUGCUCCACUUGUGAGGAUUGAGCCGUCAUCUGAUAACGUGCUGGAGGGACAAACCGUGGAACUGAACUGUGUAGUCGCUUCCUAUCCGCAGGCUGCAGUCACGUGGCAUAGGCCUGGCCACCCCCUGUCACCCAACCACCAGGUCUAUGGCUCCCGGUUGCGCAUACUACAAGCCUCAUCAGCCGACUCUGGGGAAUAUAUCUGCCGUGUCACUAACGGAGGUGGAACACAACAAGCCUCAAUCAUUAUCACAAUCAACCGUGUCCCCAUCCCUUCUGAAAACAUUCCCGUGCUUAGGAUUGAGUCUUCCUCAGGCUCAUUGGUUGAGGGGCAGACUUUGGAGCUGGACUGCCAAGUGACUGGUUAUCCUGGGGUAGAGGUCACUUGGUACAGGCCGGGAAUUCCUCUCUCGCCAAACCACCAGGUGUCUGGAUCACGUCUGAGGAUCCUCCAAGCCUCCGCUGCUGACUCUGGAGAGUACAUUUGUCGUGUCACCCAUGGUGGAGUCACACAGCAGGCAUCAACCUUCAUCACUGUAACUCGCAUUUCUAGUGACUCAUCAGGCUCGUUCCCGGCUCUGAGGAUUGAACCCUCCUCAAACACUGUGGCUGAAGGUCAAACUCUCGAAUUGAACUGUGUGGUCUCCGAGUCACAAAAUGCUGUGGUCACCUGGACCAGAAAGGGUCAGCCCCUCUCCCCCAAUCACCAGGUGCUGGGCUCUCGCCUGCGCAUCCUCCAGGCAUCUGUGGCGGACUCCGGCGAGUACAUCUGCCGCGUCACCUCCGGAACAGUCACUCGUCAGGCAACCAUCACGGUCACUAUUAGUCGUGUCAUUGGCCCAGUUCACACCGGCAUCACACCAACCAUCCUCGUCGAGUCUCCAUCCAGUGCUGUGUCAGAGGGACAGACUGUUGUCCUGAACUGUGUCGUGGAAGGACAGACACAUCAGGAAGUGUCAUGGUACAGACAGGGGCAGCCACUGUCCGAAAAUCACCAGGUUUCAGGCUCUCGGCUGCGCAUCCUUAAAGCCUCCCCUCAGGACUCUGGUGAAUACAUCUGUCAAGUGAGCGGCAGCUCUGGGAUCCAGGUGGCCUCUAUCAGCGUCUCUAUCGAAGGCUCCAGGCACAAUACCGGGGUCUCGGGUGCCAUUAGGAUUGAACCCUCAUCAAAGACUGUAGAAGAAGGACAGAUUCUGGAACUGAGCUGCUUGAUAGAAGGACUCUCUGACCAGUCAGUGACCUGGCAUCGGUCUCAUGGACGUCCGCUAAGUUCUAAUCACCAGGUUGCAGGACCUCGAAUGCGAAUUUUUAAAGCCACUGCGGCUGAUUCUGGCGAGUACAUCUGCCGUGUGAAUACGGCCUCGGGUAUCCAGGAAGCCAUCAUUACUGUUAUCGUACAGCGCUCAUCACAAGUGCCUGCAAGCUUCCCCACACCGAUCCUCAUUGAGAAGACUCCGGGUCCAGUAGUCGAGGGUCAGACUGUGGAUCUGAACUGUGUGGUCGUUGGAAAUCCAGAUGCCGCAGUUACCUGGUUGCGUCCGGGGUCAAAUUUCUAUGCACAUCACCAGAUUUCAGGCUCUCGUCUCCGCAUUUCCCAGGCAACUAGUGCCGACUCUGGGGAGUACGUCUGCCAUUACAGUUCUCCAUCUGGAAUAUUAAAAGCCUCCAUCCUCAUCAAUAUCAGCUCCGGAGUCCAGAAAACCUACCGUUCGGAAAGCCCAGUCAUCUCCAUCAGUCCAUCAAGUGCCACCAUUCGCCAGGGGGAAAAUGCCACUUUUAAAUGCUAUGUUCACAGAGGAGCUCAGCCAAUACGUGUAAUGUGGAAAAUUGGGCAAAAUCAGCCCCUACAAGAUAACGUCCACGUCAGCUCCAAUGGCUCCAUUAUUACCAUAGUGGGGGCUCAUCACAAGAACCAAGGUUCAUACCGCUGCAUGGCUUCCAAUGCCUUUGGGGCAGUGGACAGCGCUGUAAACCUGGUGGUGGAAGGACGUCCCACAGUGUCUGUGAUUCCUCAAGGACCAGUUAAGUUCAGUGUGGGAGAAACCAUUUACCUGGAGUGUUCAGGAAUGGGAGACCCUCGGCCUGUAGUCAGCUGGCGACGCACUGGAUCAAGACAGGCUAUCCGGCAGCAUAACCAUGCUCCCCUGGACAGUCACGCAGUGCUACAGAUUCCAUCAGCCAAGCCAGAUGAUUCCGGGUCUUACACCUGUGUUGGCCACAACCCGGCCGGUUCUACCCAAGUCCAUGUGGACGUGCUUGUUGAAGACAGAGUCUUGAGGCCGAGUACUCCCACAGCCAUAGCAGAGCAGUCCGUGCAAGUGGUUUUGGCUGGAGAGACGGCCACGUUGAGAUGUUCUGCUACAGGAAACCCAACUCCAACCAUCAAGUGGUCCAAGCUUCGAGCUCCAUUACCAUGGCAGCACCAGAUAGUGAACAGUAGUCUGGUCAUCCCGAGAGUAGCCCAGCAGGACUCAGGACAGUACAUCUGCAACGCUUCCAACGUCGAUGGUCACUCUGAGGUGUACAUUACCCUGGAUGUGGAAAAUCCGCCAUACGCCACCACCCUCCCUGACGAACUGUCUGUUAGUGUCGGAGAACCCAUUCAGUUGCAGUGCUUGGCCCACGGUACUCCGCCGCUCAAAUUCCAGUGGACUAAAGUUAAUGGCUCCCUCCCAAGCUCAGCUGCUGUGCGUGACGGCGUCUUAGAGAUCAAUCAGGCAUCCGUUACAGUCGCCGGUACCUACCGUUGCGUGGUCAGUAACAAAGUUGGAGAAAGUGUGGCCUUAACCCAGAUCAGUGUUUUAGCUCCGUUUUCUGUUCGGGUCUCACCUCAGAUAGACACAAAGGCAGUAGGUGACACAGCCGAGUUCACCUGCGCUGUUCUCGGAGAUCCGAGGGCAAGAAUCCAGUGGAUUAAAGAGGGAGGAGAGCUUCCAUCCAAUCACAAAGUGGACGGGACAGUGCUCAGGAUUUCCAACCUGGAGCGUGGUAAUGAAGGUGUCUAUACGUGCAGAGCAGUCAGCAGAUUCGGUCAAGUCCAAGACAGUGUAAAGUUAGUUGUGCAAGUGUUGCCGAAAGUCAGGAUCAACAUCCGCACCUCGGUGCAGACCGUCCUGGCAGGGAACUCUGUGGAGUUUGAAUGUCUGGCCAUUGGAGAUCCUCGUGCCAAAGUCACUUGGAGCAAGGUGGGAAGUCGGUUACCGAAUGAUGUCAUUAUAAAUGGUGGUACACUGAGGCUUGAGCAGGUGAAGCAGUCAGAUGCCGGGCAGUACCGCUGUACAGUCACCAAUGAUGUGGGAGAGGUGCAGUCUCAUGUCAUUCUCCAUGUGCAGUCCGUGCCGCAGAUCGCUGCCCAACCAGACAUGAAGGAGAUCACCACUGGAUCGACAGCUGCAUUCCCAUGUCUGGCAUCUGGAUUUCCAGUGCCUGAUAUCACAUGGACAAAGCUCGAAGGAGACCUCCCCAGUGAUGCCCGAAUUGAUAACAACGUUCUGACAAUACAAUCUGUGAAGCCUGAAGAUGCUGGGACCUAUGUGUGCACUGCAGCCAAUCGCCAGGGCAGAGUCACUGCUUUCUCCAUGCUAAAGGUUCGAGAGAGAGUGGUGCCUUACUUCACCGGGCACUCCCACCUCGCCCUGCCAAGCAUGAAAGAUGCCCACAAGAAAUUUGAAAUAAAGAUUACCUUCCGACCAGACGAUGCUGAUGGAAUGCUGAUCUACAGCGGACAGAAGAAAACCAAAGGAGCUGAUUUCAUGUCCUUUGGCCUUGUAGGAGGACGACCAGAAUUCAGAUUUGACGCAGGUUCCGGGAUGGCCACAAUCCGUUAUCCAAUGCCUAUUAGUCUGUCUGAGUUCCAUACUGUGACACUGCAUAGGAAUCUGAACCAAGGGUCACUGGUCGUGGAUAACCAGACACCUGUAAAUGGCACCUCACAGGGUAAAUUCCAAGGUCUGGACCUCAAUGAAGAGCUGUAUCUCGGAGGUUAUCCAAACUUUGAUGCUGUGUCCAAGACUGAUCUGAGCAGAGGGUUUGUAGGCUGUGUCCGUCAACUGAUCAUCCAGGACGAGGAGGUCAUUUUCAAGGACUUGGAUCUAAGAGCAAAUGGCAUCUCGAACUGCCCAACUUGUAGAGACCGACCUUGCAGGAACAGAGGAAUAUGUCGGGAUUCAGAAAGCAGCAGUUACGUCUGCGAUUGUCCACCCGGUUUUGCUGGCAGUAACUGUGAACAUUCCCAAGCCCUUCACUGUCACCCAGGUGCCUGUGGAGAUGAAGCAACCUGCAUCAGUCAUGAGGAUGGGACAGGAUACACCUGUCGAUGCCACCUGGGCAAAUCUGGAGACAAAUGCAUGGAUGGUGUCAUGGUGAACACUCCCUCGUUUAAUGGAGAAACCUCUUACAUCUCCUACCCAUCUCUUACUAACAUCCACAAUGAUCUGCGGGUGGACCUUGAAUUCAAACCCCUGUCUCCAGACGGAAUAAUAUUCUUCAGUGGGGGAAAGGAAGCUCCAGUGGAAGACUUUGUAUCACUCACCAUGGCUGGAGGACAUCUUGAAUUCCGCUAUGAACUGGGAUCAGGGCUGGCAAUAUUACGAAGCGCUGAUCCUGUCACCCUGGGACACUGGCACAAAGCAUCUGCAGAGAGAGACCAUAAGGACGGGACACUGCAGGUUGACAGGGCUCCGCCUGUUAAGAGGUCCUCCCCCGGUAAAAGCCUCGGCCUAAACUUGAAGACCCUGAUGUACCUUGGGGGUGUGGACAGUUCAAUGAAGCUCCCCUCUGCCGUCAACGUCACCCAGCCAUAUCAAGGCUGCAUCGGAGAAGUUUCCAUCAAUAACAAGAAAGUGGAUAUUUCCUACAGUUUUGUAGAAAGCCACAGUAUCAGUCAGUGCUAUGACAGAUCUCCCUGCGACCGCAUGCCCUGUAUGCACGGAGGCCGCUGCAUGCCAGCUGGAGAGUACGAGUACCAGUGUCUCUGCCGAGAUGGGUUUAAAGGUGACCGCUGUGAAAUACACGAGGAUCACUGUCUAAUCCACAAUCCCUGCCUCAAUGGCGGUACCUGCAAGGAGAACAGAUGUCACUGCCCAGAAGGCUUCUCAGGAUUGUAUUGUGAGCAAGGAGCAGCAUCAACAAAUCUGGAUGACGUCGUGCACGAAGGGAGUGGGGGGAAUGAUGCUCCGGGAGUUUUUGGAUCCUCCUUCUCUGGUGACUCUUACAUUGUUCUUCCGAGGCAGAUGUUUCCUAGGAGCCGACCAGACUCUCCAGAAACCAUUGAGCUGGAGCUGAGGACCACGUCUACCGAUGGUGUGAUUCUGUGGCAGGGAAUGGAGGAGAAGGAACAAGGCAGAGAGAGGGAUUUUAUCAGCCUGGGGUUGCGGGACGGACACCUCCUCUUCAGUUACCAGCUGGGCAGCGGCGAGGCCAACAUCAUGACUGAGGAUCCCAUUAAUGACGGGGAAUGGCACAAGAUCACUGCCGUCCGGGAGGGGAAGUCCGGCUCAGUUUAUAUUGAUGGAGAAGAAGUAAUCUCUGGAAGUUCCCCUGGCAAAAAUAUAAUGGUGGACACAAAGGGCAAGGUCUAUCUGGGUGGAGUCCCCAAUGUGAAGCUGAUGACGGGAGGAAAAUUCUCCACUGGUAUUACUGGAUGCAUUAAAAACUUGGUACUUCUAAAUGCCCGACCAUCUCACCAGCUUCACCAGCCCAUUGACCUGAAGCACCACUCGGAGAUGACGCACAACACCAGAGAGUGCCCCUCCUAGGUGGGGGCAAGCUUCCCAACAGCCAAAACUGGGGCAAGCAAGAGACUAUUGAAAAAAAACUAAGAAAAGACAGUGUCAAAAUGGAGUCUAAAUAUUCAAGGUGCUUCUGCUGCUACCAAAAACCAAGAGGUGGUGCUAACGAAAGUAUUUGGAUUGCGCAUUUCUGUAUUACCUACACAGAAUCUCUUCUUUUUAAUUAUUUUUUUAAUGUCUUCAGAUUUCCAUGUGUUUUACUGCUGGAUGAAGGAAAUUUGUAUGUAUUGAACCAGAUGUAUGUUUUUUAAAAAGAAUCCCUAACAAAAAAAAAAAAACAACUAACAAAACCUGAUGUGUGACGUCACCUCUCUGACACCACGUCCUGCACAAACCCUGACUGCGGGGGCUCAGUGUUGUCGGACAUGUUCUGCGUAUAUUUCCAAGUCACAGGAGCUGUAAAUCACAGAGCGAGCGCUGCCCGGAGGCUUCCCAUUCAGCGUCCACAGGCGGCUUUUGCGUCCCAGUCGGACUAAUGUCCCUUCAGUCGAUCAAUGUAUUUAUUUUAGUAAGGAGGGGCUGUGGAUCAUCUCCUGUGUCCCUGUAGGGUCUCCUCUGUGCUUGUUACAGAUUAUUUAUGUCAUUAGUCUUUUAGGUGCAGGAUGCUCAGGUCCACGUUUUCCUGUUAAAUCCUCAUCAUUCCUCUCUGCUGUCUGCUUUUUCCUGGGGUUUUCUCUCUUCCCUAGAUGUAGACUAUAGGCCAUGUCAUCAGUUACGAGCAGCACUCGACGUUCCCAGGACCACUGUCCCCAUCAUUUGCAGUCACACCCACCGAUCUGUGACCUGUAUGCACCUCCCCGCCUAUAACACCUUGCUCCUGGAGCGUUUUUUUUUUAGUAGUUAUGCCCUGCAGGACGUGGCAGGCACCAGUCCUGUACGAGCUGUGGAAGCUUUGUGUUAUGUACAGUGUUAAGCGGGGGCCCUGCUCACUGAAUGGAUGAGUUUUAGGAUUCUGGUGUACAAGACCAAAGGAAAUAGAAACUACUGGAGUUUGUGUAAAUUAUAAUAUGCACUGAGAGACGCUCUGCAGCCGGUGGGGGGCAGAUUGUUAUAAUACUACAGAUCAGUAUUAAAGGGGUUGUCUCACUUCAGCAAAUGUCAGAAAGUUAAUACGAGGCACUUACUAAUGUAUUGUGAUUGUCCAUAUUGGCUCCUUUGCUGGCUUCAUUCAAUUUUCCAUCCACAUUAUACACUGCUCGUUUCCAGGGGUUACGACCACCCUGCAAUCCAGGAGUGGUGGUCGUGCUUGCACACUAUAUGAAAAAAGCGCCGGCCUCUCUGGUGGCCGGAACCGUUGGAGAACACGUAGGCACACAUGCGCAGCAGCUCUCGUCCUGGCCACCUUGUAUGUGCGCUGCAGAGCUGGAAACGAGCAGCGUAUAAUGAGAUGGAAAAAUGAAUCAAUCACAGUACAUUAGGAAGUGCCUUGUAUUAACUUUCUCUACAGGAUAAUUGGCAUUUGCUGAAGUCAGACAACCCCUUUAAGUCGCAGCCUAUUCAGGAAUAACUUGGAUGUGUACACUCCUCGCGUCAGCGCACUAGCAGUCCCUUAAUCUGGAAGCAUGAUUAGCACCAAGUAUGUAAACCGCACGGUGCUCAUACAUCACGCCCCAUAGGAAGCACACCUUCCUGUACUAGCCCCUUUAAGGGGAUUAGCUUAUUUCACAGGGAGGCAGACGUCUUCUUCUUAGCACCACUAUUAAACGAAAGAACAAAAGCUUUAGUCCCCAGCAGCAGAACAAGCUGUACCACAGACGAGCAAGCCACUGAGGAGAAAUCCAGAAAAACUCAAAAUGUGCCAUGACCUGUACAACAAGGAAUCCUCCAUCGGUGCCGCAACGCUGGUGCUAUCGGGGGGGUCUACACAUCUGUAAAUAUAAGAACUACAGCUCAGGGGGCAGAACCUGUCAUGUCCUCCUGUCACCACCAGUGCCUUGGGUUUCCCAACUAACUAAUAAACCAGAUUUUGGAACAUG